UACACGAUGGAACCUUACAUUAUAGUUGUUGAAUGAGCAUAGAAAUUAAUCAACUCUAUCUCGAUCAUCACCGGAUAAAAGAAAAAGAAAAAAAAGAAAUGGUAUCUAGGAUUCAUCUCUUAAUAAGAUGUUGUAUUCUGCUAGCUAUAAUCAUGAUGGGGCAUGCUCAAACAGACCGGAAACUUGUUGAUGAGGAUAAUGCUGCAGCAUCCUUUUAUAUACCAUCGAUUGAAUCUAGUCAGACUCAUCCUUCUUCUCACCACCGUUCACUUGGUGCUGAGCAUUACGAGAGAUCAUCGCCUCCACCACCACCUAAAAAAUCCUCAGAAGUCGAACCCCUCACUACCGGUACCUAGACCAUUUGAGUGAUGAUGAGCAUCGGUCGUGAAGAAGACUCGUAAGUUUUUUUUUUUUCGGUAAAAGAAGACUUUCGUAAGUUUGAUGUCAUUAUACAAAUGUUGGUUUAUGUUUUUAAGAGCUUCGCAAUCUUUGAAGGCUUUUAUCUGAUUUUGUUUUCUUUGUUUUCGGAAGUAUAAUUAAUAUCUCUAUAUAUGAA